AUGUCGGUUCCUUCUUCAUCCGACGUCAAGACCUUCCGCACGCGUCAACCGCCUUCGCGCAACUUCGUCUGGAGACAUGUGGUAGACGAUGCGGUUCGACAAGAGCUCGAUCAACAGGGCUACGAACCAGCGAUCCAUCAUGACCUGACGCUCUUGGGCAUAGAACCCGGCACGAAUAUCGCGGUUUGGAGUGGCAACCUGGUAUCAGCUCAGUCGCCAACGGCAGAGUCGCCCGUAGCUACGUCAAAGAGUCGCCAGCCGGACGUCUCAGAUACGGUGCAGGAAACGAACACCCAGAACGUCAGACACGAAGACAAUUCCGAGCCAGGAGAGCAUAUAAAUACCCGGAACAUCGACCAGGCAGAAGCUGCCGAGCAAGAACAGCAAAUCCACGCCGAGCGCAACGACCAUAUAGCCACCCCAGUUCCACAGGCAAUAACGGAGAUGCAGGCCCUUCAAGAAGCGACCAUAGCCCUUGGCGGAGAAGUAGGCUUCUUCGAUGGCAACGACUUCCACGAGUACACCCUAGACACGCUGCGCGGCAUGUAUCCCUUUCUACGCAGCGCUCGCAUGGAGUUCGCAGCCGCUUUCGGCGUGGAAGACCCCACACUUGGCCCCAACGACGCUGCUGAUGAAGGAGGAGAGUAG